AAGUUUUUCCAAGGACAUCAAGUGCAGAGGUAUCAAUAAAUCUUGAUCAAGUUCUUGAUCAAGAAUUUUCAAGAAAAAAAAUCUUUAAAGAACUUGUGCAGAUUUUCUCUUUCUGCAAGACGUGGGACUAUAGGUGUAUGGUAUGAACAUACUAAUCUCAUGCAUUUUGUUUUUUGUUUCUACUUCAUGGUUUAAUUUAUUAUCUUUUUUUUCUAGAACAUUUGAUGAAAGUUGUAGUUGAUUCAUUACUGGCAGUACUUGAUGCCAGUACAAAAUUUUGCUAUUGGUUAUUAGGAAGAAAUUUAUCACAGAAAGACCAGCAAUUAAUCAUACAGCUUUUCACCACUAAAAGUCAAUAUGAUGAAACAUAUUUAGUCAAUGUUAUUAAAUCAUUAUCAAUUGGUAAGGAUCUUUUAUUGGUAUGCAAUGAUGAACAUUAUAAUCUAAUUCAAUGGUGUGUGUUACAUAAUUAUUUACAAGCGUUAGAAUUAUUACUUAAAUAUGGUUGUAACCCAAAUCGUGGUUCAUUAUUACCAUCACAAACAUCAACAUCAAAAACUGUCGAUUUACCAUUAGCAUUAGCAUGCUGUUUUCAAAGAACGGAUGCAGCGCGACUACUUCUGUCUUAUGGUGGUAAUUCAAAGCAAUCAACGACAUUAUCACAAUAUACUCUUCGGCGUAUGGCAAAAGUAAAAAAAUUACAUUAUUUACAAAUCCUCGAUCUUUUACAUAAACAACACCGACAACAACAUUCCUUGACACCUCUUAACAUCGUAUUCGUAUUCGAUGACCUUGAAAUGUUUAAAAUUAUUUUUGGUAAAACACAAUCAGCAUCGAGUUCGAUCACAUCAAUGAGUACUGAGUUGAAUCAUAACAGCAAUAAUAAUUUUGAUGAAAUGUUAACUUCUUUUCAGCCAACAGAUGAAAUAACAAAAAAGGUACUGGCAGAAAAUGUUGAAAAUGAAAAUGAUGUUUAUAGUGAUACAGUAACACCACAGUACGAUAAUUAUCUCGACGAUGACGAUAGUGAUGAAAUACAAGAAAAACAGGAAACGCACGAGGAACUUUUGAGUGACGAAAAAGAAUUUGAAAAUAAACAACCGUUGGUGUUUUCAAAAUAUUUACAGAUGAAUAAUAGAAAAUUAGAAAAGGAUAUUUUAGAGACCUUACAAUUUUCUACUGAUUCAUCAAUCAAUACUUACGAUGCCCCGAGAACGUGGUCAUUGCGAAUCCAAAAUGAACAAUCAUUGUUACAAAAAUCACAGCAACAACAACCAUCUAUAGAAGUGCCAAUAGGUAAAUCAGAGAAGAGUAUAUUUACGGUAAAGAAUGGUGAACGAACAACAACGGAUGGUGGAUAUCACACAAUCUCACCAGCUGACGGAUCUGUUGAAGAUGGUGGGGAUUGUACUAAUAAAACAACGACAACACCACUAGAAACUGACACAAACCAUGGUUCAUUAACGUUUCAUCUGUUUGAAGAUAGUCGUACGAUAAGUUUAUGUUCAACAGUAGGAGAAAGUAAUAAUCAAAUUUUUCAUCGAAAAACUAAUAAACAACUAUCUCGUACAAAAAGCCAGGAAAUUGUAACAAAUGUUAUAGUACCGACAACCGGCCGUUUAUCGCUACAAGAUACUUUAAAAUCUAAACCUGACAGUCCAAUAAUGUCUUGUUCUUCCUCAACAUCGUCUUUAAUGUCCUUAUCCAACCCAAAUAGAUCACCGUUAUUUCAUCGCAAAACCAGCACAAAAAUGUAUCGUCUAAUACAAAAAAUGAUUGAUAGUGAAUCAGAACAUAUUUUGAAAUAUUUUCUUAAACAAUAUGAAGAAGAAUUACAGAAUAAUCAACAACAACAAUUCAAAACAUCAUUUGAUCUUUUAGCUAAUGUUAAAUCGGAAAGAAUCUACAAUGUUCUAACAUGUUAUUCAUUUAAAACAACAAAUUGUGAUAAAAAUAACAAUACACUGUUACAUUUAUUAUUUAAAAAUAAACCAAACGAUUUUGAAUCAAAACAAAUGAAAAUUAUCACUGAACGAUAUUUAACAAGUGGUUUAAAAGAAUUUUUAAAUCGACCGAAUCUAUCGAAUGAAUAUAUUAUUCAAAUUUUACUUGAAAAUGAAUAUUUUAUCGAUAUAUUGUUCUUUUCACAAACGAAAAAAUUUGAAAUAGAAUCUGGUCAUCAUCAUCAUCAUCAUUCAGUUAACUGUACAAAUAAUCGUCAUACAAACAUUCAUUAUUAUCAUUAUCAACAAGAUGGUUUAUGCAAUCAUAAUUCUUAUGAUUUGGAUUCUAUUCAAGAAUGGCGUGAAACAUAUUUGACUUUAAUUGAAUUACUAAUUGAUAAUGGUUCAAGAAUUGAUAUGCCAACAGGAAAAUAUCAGAAUACUAUUGAUUGUUUAUUAUCAGCAAUAAUCAAUUGCAUACAACAAAAACAUCAACAUCAUACGUAUUCAUCAAAUCAGUUUGAUAUUAAAUAUUUAAAAAAACUUUUAACUACUCUAUUCCAUAUGAAUUUGACACCAACGAAUCAUCUAAAAUAUACCAUAGAACGCUUUUUACAGUUAAUAUGCCAUAUUCAUAUUACAAACGAUGAACUAAAUGAUACAUUCGAUAUAUUUUAUUUAUUAUGUCAAUACGAAUAUCAACCAUUAAAAUUGAAUAUGAUUACAAUUGUUCAUCUACUUAAAUCAUGGUUGAUUAAUCCAAAUUUUUUAUGUUCAAAUUUAACUGAAAAAUGUUUAUUUAUUCAACAAUUAUUAGUUACAAUAAUACGUUUUCCUACAGAAGAACAAAUAACAGAAGAUCUCUUUAUUAACAGUCGAAAAUUAUCAAUAUCCACAAUAACUGAAUUUAGAAAAAAUACAUUAUUAUUUCAUAUUCUCAAUUUAAUUCCUUACGCUCAAACAUGUGUUCAAAUUGAUUUUAUUUAUGAACUUAUUCUAUCGUUAAUAUAUCAUGGACUCGAUCCAAAUAAUUUUGAUGAAAGGGAUGAUAAUGGUAGUAAUUUACCAAUUGUUGUACUAUGUCUACUUAAAGUGAAUAAUAAAAUGUUAACAAAACGUCUGCUACCAUUUAUUGAUCUAUUUUUUAUUACUCUAUCAUCAAUAGCUAUCGAUAAAGCCAUGGUUAUAUUACGAAAAAAAAUGACAACAGUUACCAUUGAAUUAUAUCAAUAUCUCGAAAUGUUAAUGGUAAAACCGCGUACACUAAAGCAAAUGUCAAUUAGAUGUAUCUAUACCAAAUGUAAGAAACCAUUUCUUGACAGUAUACAAUUACUACCACUAGAUGAAACAUUAAAACAUCGUUUAAUAAGGUUAUGA